AUGUCCACACGGUCUGUCUGUCUUUCUGUCUGUUUGUAUCUAUCUAUCUAUCUAUCUAUCUAUCUAUCUCAUUUUGUUCACCAUUUUUCUACAUGUCUUUCCAUUGUUUUUUUCUACCAUCGUUUUAUUUAUCUUCAUAUGUUGUUUGUUAUUUGCUUCUUAUUUCUUAAUUUUCUUUCAUUUUCUUCUCCAUUUUCUUUCAUUUUUUUUUCAUUUUCAACAUUCGAUUUCUUCGUUACGUUUUCCUCAUCACUUUCUUUUUUUCUUUUUCUAUUGAUUCAUAAACUUUUCUUCUUAUUUAUUUUCACUUUUUUUCUGUAUGUAUUAGUUUUAAUAUGUCCCAUUGAAGUGUUUAAUUUAACCUUUCAUUUCUUCUUCUUCUUCUUCUUUUUCUUCUUCUUCUUCUUAUUAUUAUUAUUGUUGUUGUUGUUUUCCUUCUUGUUUUUCUUCUUUUUCUCAUCAUUAUAUUCCUUCUUAUCUCUAUACUUUCCUCCGUAUUAUUAUUAUCAUACUUCUUCUUUUUUCUUCUUCUUUCUUUUUCUUCUUCUUCUUCUUUGUUCUUCUUCUUCUUCUCUUUCUUUUUUCUUCUUCUUUUUUCUUCUUCUUCUUCUUCUUCUUCUUCUUGUUUUCCUUUUUGUUUUUCUUCUUUUUCUCAUCAUUAUAUUCCUUCUUAUCUCUAUACUUUCCUCCGUAUUAUUAUUAUCAUACUUCUUCUUCUUUUUUCUUCUCCUUUCUUUUUCUUCUUCUUCUUCUUUGUUCUUCUUCUUCUUCUCUUUUUUUUUCUUCUUUCUUCUUCUUCUUCUCUUUCUUUUUUCUUCUUCUUUUUCUUCUUCUUCUUCUUUUUCAUCAACUUCUUUACACUUUCAAUUUUUUCUUUUAUCUUUACUUUUUCCUGUACGACAUUUCCCACCUGUGUGA